AUAUUUUCAGACAUAUUUUCUAUUUUCGUUCACAACAACAAAAACUUUACCCUGCCCACAAAAGUCACAUAAAUUCAAAGAUAUUACACAGGAAACUAGCCAAAUGAUAAAUCAGAAUGGACAAAAGCUCCUCCAGACGCUCGUCGAUCUGGGCGGUUGGCGGACAGUUCCGCAAAUCGUCAACAGGCUGUCAUCAAAUAAUACAUAUUGCGAGAAGUACUUUUUGGAACAGAUCGUAAGGGACACAUUGGCUGUGGGUGUGAAGGCUGGCAUCAUUGAGGAGUCCACAGAGGGUCUCUACAGGGCGCAGAUCAGUUCGCCCUACGUCAAGCUCUUAAAGUCUGCUAAUCGCAAUAAAAUUUGCUGGCAAUUUAGCAAAAAUGUAACUAUUUAUCCAUAUGAGCACUUUUUUAUUGGGUUUGAACUAGCGACUUCUCUUAUAUUGUUCCGACGCUCGAAAAAUUGUUCUGCUUCAAGGCCAGCAGCUGAUUCUUUUCCUGACUUUAUGUUUAUCUAGUGUAAAGGUGCAUGAAAGGGGC